AUGGCAGCGCCCCGUCCUUCGCUCCGCCGCCGCCGCCUGCUGCUCCUGCUGCCGGCCGCUUGCCCGUCUCCUUCUGCCGCCGCUUCCUCGCCGCCGCCGCCGCUCCUGCCGCUGCUGCUGCUGCUGGCCAGCGGGCCCGGCCCCUCGGCGGCGCGGGGAGACCCCUGCCGGGAGAAGACGGUGACGGUGUCGACCCUGCCGGUGCUGCGGGAGAGCGACAUCGCUUGGAGCGGCGGCGGCAGCAACAGCCCCCCGGGCGCCGCCGCCGCCGCCUCCUCGGCCGCCGCGGCUGCCCCGGGCUCGGUCCCCGGCGGCGACUCCCGCUUGCUGCUCUUCGUGCGGAGCGAGCUGCCCGGGCGGGUGGCCGUGCAGGACGACCUGGACAACACCGAGCUGCCCUUCUUCACGCUGGAGAUGUCAGGAACAGUGGCUGACAUUUCCUUGGUGCACUGGAAGCAGCAGUGGUUGGAAAACGGCACCCUUUAUUUUCACGUUUCCAUGAGCAGCGCCGAACAACUUUCCCGGGCUACGCCGCCGACCCUGCAGGAACCUUCGGAGAUUGUCGAGGAGCAGCUGCACAUCCUUCACAUCUCCGUUAUGGGUGGUCUGAUUGCUCUCCUUUUGUUGCUGCUGGUGUUUACCGUAGCCUUGUAUGCUCAGCGCCGUUGGUAUAAGCAACGUCGGAUCCCGCAGAAGAGUGCCAGCACCGAGGCCACGCAUGAGAUCCAUUACAUCCCCUCGGUGCUGCUGGGUCCUCAAGGGAGAGAGAGCUUCCGGAACUCGCGCUUGCAGGCCCACAACUCAGUCAUUGGCAUGCCCAUACGUGAGACCCCCAUCCUGGACGAUUAUGACUACGAGGAGGAAGAGAACCCUCUGCGACCUGAACAUGGCUGCAGGGAGGAUGAGUUUGGAAGCCCUGUGCCACGGCCACUGGACAGCCUGGGCAGGAGCGGGGAGAAGAUGGACUAUGAAAAGAAAGCUGCUGCAGAGGUGACUCAAGAAACAGUAGAGUCCUUAAUGCAGAAGUUCAAGGAGAGUUUUCGUACCAACACGCCUAUCGAGAUAGGUCAGCUCCAGCCAGCACUACGCAGCUCAUCUGUUGGACGACGGAAACGGAGGAACCGACCUCGUGGUGGGAUUGGGUUUGGCCGUGCCAAAGGCAACUCUGGCUCUGAAGCAGAUGACGAAACUCAGUUGACCUUCUACACCGAGCAGUACAGGAGUCGUCGACGUAGCAAAGGUUCCCUCAAGAGUCCCAUGAACAAGACAGCACUGACAUUAAUCGCAGUCAGCUCCUGCAUCCUGGCCAUGGUUUGUGGCACUCAACUGUCUUGCCCUCUGACGGUCAAGGUGACUCUCCACGUUCCUGAACAUUUCAUUGCAGAUGGGAGCAGUUUUGUUGUGAGUGAGGGAAGCUAUUUGGACAUCUCCGAUUGGCUGAACCCAGCGAAGCUCUCCCUGUAUUACCAAAUCAAUGCUACUUCUCCCUGGGUGCGAGAUCUUUGUGGACAGAGGACCACAGAUGCUUGUGAACAGCUGUGUGAUCAGGAUACUGGUGAGUGCAGCUGUCAUGAAGGCUAUGCUCCUGACCCUGUCCAUCGACACUUGUGUGUGCGCAACGACUGGGGACACAGUGAAGGGCCUUGGCCCUACACAACCCUUGAAAGAGGCUAUGACUUAGUUACUGGAGAACAGGCUCCUGAGAAGAUACUCAGGUCCACCUACAGCCUGGGUCAAGGCCUCUGGCUUCCAGUCAGCAAGAGUUUUGUUGUCCCUCCCGUGGAGCUUUCCAUAAACCCUCUUGCCAGCUGCAAAACAGAUGUCCUGGUGACAGAAGACCCAGCAGAUGUCAGGGAAGAAGCGAUGCUGUCCACCUACUUUGAAACCAUCAAUGAUCUGCUAUCCUCUUUCGGGCCAGUCCGGGACUGCUCACGAAACAACGGUGGCUGUACACGCAACUUCAAGUGUGUGUCGGACCGUCAAGUAGACUCAACAGGUUGUGUGUGCCCUGAAGAGUUGAGGCCCAUGAAGGAUGGCACUGGCUGCUAUGACUACUCCAAAGGGAUUGAUUGUUCCGAUGGCUUCAAUGGUGGUUGUGAGCAGCUCUGUCUCCAGCAGACUCUUCCUCUCCCAUCAGACCCUCUGUCCAGCACCAUCUACAUGUUCUGCGGCUGCGUUGAGGAGUACAAGCUGGCUCCAGAUGGCAAGUCCUGCCUCAUGUUAUCAGACAUCUGCGAGGGCCCCAAGUGCCUCAAACCGGAUGCAAAAUUCAAUGACACUCUCUUUGGGGAAAUGCUGCAUGGCUACAACAACAGAACCCAACACGUCAACCAAGGGCAGGUUUUCCAGAUGACAUUCAGGGAGAAUAACUUCAUCAAGGACUUUCCCCAGUUGGCCGAUGCCUUGAUGGUUAUCCCCUUACCGGUGGAAGAGCAGUGUCGCGGCGUACUGUCUGAGCCUCUUCCCAAUCUCCAGCUGCUGACUGGUGACAUCCGAUAUGACGAAGCCAUGGGCUACCCCAUGGUGCAGCACUGGAGAGUCCGAAGCAACCUGUACAAAGUGAAGCUGAGUGCUAUCGCCCUCUCGGCAGGAUUUGCCAAUGUCCUGAAGAUCUUGAACAAGGACAGCAGCCGCGAGGAGCUGCUUUACUUCAUCCAGCAGUACGGCUCCCACUACAUAGCAGAGGCCCUGUAUGGCUCGGAGUUCAGCUGCGUCAUCCACUUUCCUAGCAAGAGGGUUCAGCAGCAGCUCUGGUUUCAGUAUCAGAAAGAAACAACGGAACUUGGCAACAAGAAGGAGCUGAAGUCUAUGCCUUUCAUCACCUACCUGUCAGGCCUGCUGACCGCCCAGAUGCUGUCGGAUGAUCAACUGAUCACGGGCGUGGAGAUCCGCUGCGAAGAGAAAGGGCGCUGCCCCUCCACAUGCCACUUGUGCCGCCGCCCGGGGAAAGAGCAGCUCAGUCCAACACCCGUGCUUCUGGAAAUUAACCGUGUGGUCCCCCUCUACACGCUGAUCCAGGAUAACGAAACGAGGGAGGCUUUCAAGGGAGCCCUUAUGAGCUCAUACUGGUGCUCGGGGAAAGGAGAUGUGAUCGAGGACUGGUGUCGCUGUGACUUGAAUGCCUUCGAUGAGAAUGGCCUCCCCAACUGCAGCCCUCUCCUCCAGCCAGUAUUGCGACUGUCUCCAAACGUGGAACCUUCUAGUACUGUCGUCUCUUUGGAGUGGUUGGAUGUUCAGCCUGCCAUUGGAACCAAAGUCUCAGACUACAUCCUCCAUCAUAAGAAGGUUGAUGAGUACACAGACACCGAUCUCUACACAGGAGAGUCCUUGAGCUUUGCUGAUGAUUUGCUGUCUGGCCUUGGAACAGCCUGCGUGGCUGCUGGCAGAAGCCAUGGGGACGCCCCUGACACCAGCCUCUACUCUGUCAUUUUCAAAUGCCUGGAGCCUGAUGGACUCUACAAAUUCACCCUGUAUGCUGUGGACACCCGAGGAAGGCACUCUGAGCUGAGCACGGUCACCUUGCGGACGGCGUGCCCCUUGGUAGAUGACAGCAAGGCAGAGGAGAUUGCCGAUAAGAUCUACAAUUUGUACAACGGCUACACCAGUGGGAAGGAGCAGCAGACUGCCUACAACACACUGAUGGAGGUCUCGGCAUCGAUGCUUUUCCGUGUCCAGCACCAUUACAACUCCCACUACGAGAAGUUUGGAGACUUCGUGUGGCGUAGUGAGGACGAACUUGGCCCCAGAAAAGCGCACCUCAUUCUGAGGAGGCUAGAAAAAGUCAGCAGCCACUGUUCAACCUUGCUGCGCAGUGCUUACAUCCAGAGCCGGACCGACACCAUGCCCUACUUGUUCUGUCGCAGCGAAGAGGUCCGGCCGCCUGGCAUGGUCUGGUACAGCAUCCUCAAAGACACCAAAAUCACAUGCGAGGAGAAGAUGGUCUCUAUGCUGCGCAACACGUAUGGCGAAUCAAAGGGGCGAUGAGUGAAGGUGGCCAGCCUAGCGGACAUGGAAGAUCAGGCAGGCGUAUGGACUCUGCGGAGUCAAGAACUUGUAGUAUCCUGGAACUUGGGGCAAGGAGACCACACAGGGCUUCAAAAUGCGGACAGCAGCAGAUUGAAAA